AGCGGCCGCACCCUCAGCCAGCACCAGCAGUCCAGUGUCCUGAUACCCACUAUGGCGUCUCUCUUGAGGGUCCUGUUGCUCCUCGCUGUCGUCGGAGCGUCCUUCGCUGCGAUUUUUAGAAUGAAAGCCGUGCUUCAUGCCGACUACCCUGGCAGGUGCUUUGAUCCAAGCACAGGUAUCGCCUAUCCCGCGGGUUCCACGUACCCGGUGACCGGGAGGUGCGCGCAGAUUGCCUGCUUGGAAGAAAACGGAGAUCUUUAUUAUCAGGAAACAAGCUGCGGCUUGGUGGCCCCGCCUGAAAACUGUCGACUGGUGACCGACGCCUCACAGCCAUUCCCGAGCUGCUGCGCGAAGGCGGUCUGUAAGUGAACGAAGAUCGAAAGGGCCAAAUAAAGAAAAAGGAAAUGGUCAAGUAAUA